AUGAGCUUACAACUUCGCAUAAGCAGCUCGCAAGAGAAACGGCCCACCUUCCGAGGCAAUACGCGUCGCUUACUUCGUCUGAGUGAUAUCCCAGACUCACCAGCAGCUCUCGGCGCGGCCUGUGAAGCAGUCGACACGGACGGACGUGCAUGUCGGGUAGCACUGCCUUCAGGGGCGAGCGAUCCAUGGUGCGAACGACAUCACGAGGAGUGGAAGGACUUGAAUGCACGAUGGGGUAAGACUCAGAGAGAAGCAGAGAGGAUCGUGGUUCUCAGCCUCGAUGUUGCAAAACAAAAGGUCCUGAAACUACGCCAAUCUGUAGAUCUUAGGCGACAGAUAAGAGACCGGUUUUAUCCCCGCGGCGGAGACAUUCAAGACUACAUUAAAUGGCUUGCAAAACUGGAAGCCGAUGUACGAGGGCUGGCAGACUCCUUGCUGAUGCAAAACCUGCAGCGUGGUCCGACCCCAGAGACUCCCGGUGUACACACUGGUACUCCCCACCCCGAUAGAGUCAGUCUGGGAGAAACCAUCACAAUUCUCAGAUCACCACUCGAUCCCAGAAUACCAAUCGAUUCGCUCCAAGGUAUGCCGGACGAUGGAACUAUCCUUGUCCUCAAGCACUUCUACCAGGAUCUCUGUGCAGACAGUGUCCGUCGUCUAUAUAGCAUCGUGCCCGAUCUGGAUGACUCGCCUAAGCAGAGCAAGUCGCCUGAACAAAAGGAGCAGAUUAUUCCGGAUAACGGUACAGACAUUAUCCGCGCCUGGUUUCGCAUCAUGGUUCUGAAUGAUAGCGAGGCUUCAACCCUUGAGCAUGCCACGCGCUCAAAGUGCAUCAACGAUUUCCUAAUGGGAUGCUCGGCUAGUCAACUCGAAGAGUACUGUGACUACUUUGAAAAGGCCUGGCGUCCACACGCUGUACAAUAUCUCCGUGUGGCAAUUUGCGCUCAGACUCUGGCUGGCGGUGACAUCAAGACAAUCCAGCUCCUCGGGGGCACUAUACCAAGUACGACUGAAGGACUGAAGAUGACCAAACCUUGUUGGGAUAUCCUUUACCGCUGGUUUCCCAAUUUACUUACACCUUGGACACUUGCCAGUAUUUGCUCCAACUUUGAAGACUAUACAACCAUUUGCAAGCUUCUGAUGAUGAGGCUGUACAACGACCAUUGGUAUGAUCCCGCUAGCAUCAUGAGCGAAUGCUCAACUGGUGUUUACAUGGGAUUCAUACCAACCAGCAAAGGGGACUUUACAACGAAUGUAGGUCUCCGACAAGAAGGUCAGCUGUGGGUCCAACGCGAAUCACGCAACUACCUGUGUGGGCAAAUGGCUAUCGGCGACCCAUUGACACAAGCUUUCCUUGACGAACUUCGAAAACGGACUUCAACUUUGUACCUCGUCGUCUAUGAGGGUACCCAUGCUGAUGCGACUGUGCACCCCACCGAACCUGAUUUGUUCAUCAGCCGUCAUCGUUCGGCAAUGAACCGGGAUGACCUAGAGAAAGCCGACUACAACACCACGUUGACGCUAGAAGAAAUCAAGGACAACUUGCGCAUGAAGAAGACUACUAUGUACGACCCGAUAGUGGUCGACUCAUGGCAGUUCAUAAUCAUCGACCGGGAAGUUGGUCUACCUUUCCGACUCAUCGACAUUGUACAGGACACACUCAUGAUGCUCAUCGGCGAUCCAUCGCCUAGGCAGAUGGCCAAACGGGUUAUUCGCGAGAUCAUACCGCCUUCUGUACAAGAAAUCUUCUUGGAGGAGAUCCAGAUUGAAUGUACAACCGAAAUGCGAUACCCACCGCCAGGUGAGGUACAGCAUGAGGGAAAUCGAUGGAGGUGUUACGACCCGGACCGCAAGAUGCUUAACACGAAGCAGAAGAAACUUACUGCCGAUGACAUCUCUCGAGACGACAACCGCUUCAUCCGACGCGUGAUUGAAGACAUGGAGCGAUACGGCAUAGUCACACUCAUGACAGAGUACGAGGAGCCGCAGACUCGCCCAAUCAUCCUUCAGGCUGCUGAUGGUGCACCUGAUCUCUACUUCCCAUACGAAACUGCCACAGAAGUCUCUGAAAGCGGACGCUCCCUGUCACUUCCUAUUCCACCAGCCAGCUGCCUGAGGGACUUUGCAGAAAAGUACAAGCAAAAACAUCCAAAUGCCAUUAUGGCAAAGGGCUCGAUACAAACACAUUACUGUGCAUGGCCCAUGCCUGCAAUCAAGAGCCUGGGCAAGAGUGGGUUGAAUUUUGCGACAUGGGAAGGCCAUGUCUAUCGAUGGAACGCAAUGCGUGAGUUUUUCUCCCGACCCUCUACACAUAUUUGGAUUCCAAUCCAAAUCCUAACAUCACUGCAGCAUUUGACCGACCCUCAUCUGCGAACGCAUGGCAGUACUACAUCCAGCAUUUCCUAA